AUGGCUAUACCCACUAAUCCAUCCAACAAAAAGCCUCCACCACCCACAGCUCCAAAACCGAAGAGGCAAGGAAAACAACAGCAACCGCUAGAAGUGUACUGCCGACUUCGACCUCUGAAAGCCGGUACUGAUGAGGCAGCAUUGAAACAGAUUUCAAACACUCAGUUGCAAGUGGCACCGCAGUUUGGCAAUGGUCAACAACAAAUCUAUCAGUUCAAGCAUGUGUUUCAAGCAAACACCGAGCAGAGCGUUGUCUUCAAAACGGUUGGAUUGCCUCUGGUACAAGACCUCAUCAGCGGACAGAAUGGUCUUCUUUUCACUUACGGUGUCACCGGCGCUGGAAAGACUUUCACCAUCACAGGCAAAGCUGACCAACCGGGUAUCUUACCACGUCUUUUGGAUGUGCUUUUCAACACUCUUAAGAACAACAACCUUCAGGCUAUGAAAUACGUGUUCAAACCUGACAAUCAGAACGGAUUUGAGAUAAAACCAUCACCCGAUGCCCUCUUACAAAUUCAAAGAGAAAACAACGUUCUUUCAACACCAACUAAUCGACAGCCUCAUAUGACUCCUCGCUCAGUUCGUGACGAUAUAAAAACUUUGGAGCGCUUGCAAGCGAAAUGGGGCAGUCGCACUCGCGAAGAAGGCCUAAUUGCAACGAUUAAUCACGACAACAACUAUGCUGUUUUCGUUUCUUUCGUGGAAGUCUACAACAACUACAUCUAUGACCUUCUUGACGAUUCGAUUGAACAACAGCCCAUUAUGCGAGCUUCAAAGACUAUUCGCGAGGAUGCUAACAAGCGUGUUUACGUGUUGAAUGUCGUCGAGGUCGAAGUCAAAAGUGCCGAUGAGGCCUUUGACGCCUUCCUGAAGGGCGUCAAUCGGCGAAAAAUUGGCAAGACUCAAAUGAAUGCAGAGUCUAGUCGUUCACACUCUGUAUUUACGAUUCGCCUGGUUCAAGCGCCACUGGAUCAGAAUGGCACUGAAAUUCUCGAAAACAAGCAGUACAUCCACGUUAGCCAACUGUCGAUUGUCGACCUUGCCGGCUGUGAGCGCACCACUAAAACCCAGGCCACUGGCAGUCGACUGAAAGAAGCAUCUAAUAUCAACAACUCGUUGAUGUCACUGCGCAACUGUUUCGACAUUCUUCGUGAAAACCAGAAAACUUAUGGGAAGGCCAAUAAGCUUGCCAAUAAGCUUGUUCCGUACCGUGAUAGUAAGCUGACUCACCUUUUCAAAAAUUACUUUGAAGGUGAAGGCGCCGUGAAGAUGGUCCUUUGCCUCAAUCCAGGUGCCGAUGACUUCAACGAGACCCAGCAAGUUCUCAUUUUCGGAGAGCAGUCUCAGGAGAUUACAACUAAUGCAAGUCGCGGCAUUCGCUUUAAACAUCUGGCCUUUGACGACGACCUGUGCUCUCCGCUUACCUUUGGCCCUCCAUUUCCGAAGCGAUUUCUCGAAGAUCCAAGCGAUGAAACAGUUAUACCUGAGUGGAUCACCAUUGCUGAAAAGCGGAAAGAUGCGAUGCAAAAGGCGCAGGAAAAUAUGCUGCGAAGAAUGUCGGCCAUUCGACAGACGAUUUCUCUCAUCGAGAAUGAGAGGAACAACUUUAAGCAGCAAUGUGAAACGUACAAACGGGACCUUGAUGUACGCAAUGAUCACGUUCACCGGCUGGAGGCGAAACUGCGAGAGGUGACUGAAGCGCGAGACGGCUAUAACAAUAUGACUGAAGAACAGCAGCAGCGAAUAGCACAGCUGGAGAGUUUACUCGAGCAAAAGGAAGCGGAGUGUAGAGAGCUUCAGACCGAAAACCAUUCUCUUCGAACUGACCUCAAAGACUACAUGGCGAAGGAGAGGGUGCGAAUGAAGAAAAUGUGCCAGGACAUAAUGAAUUCAAAACAGAAAGAGUUGGAACAGGCAAAGUGCCUUCAAAUGGGAAAGAUUAAUCUUGCUACUCAAAUUCUUCUUGGGGACAACAACAUCCUCAGCAACUUAAAUAAUAUUAUGUCUCCUCCGGAAAGCUUCCUUUCUAAUGAAGCUGAUGGCCAAACUCGCCCCAAAGUGCUUUACGAUGAGCAGCAAGUUACCACAACAAUUACCACAGUCGACCGUGGUAAUCCGAAUGGACCACCAGUGGCAAAUCCAAAGUUUACAUCCAACCUGAUGGAAGGCGCAGGAAAGUGGAUUGAACACCAACCGCCAGGCACCCUGGAAACGGGCACCGUCUUGCAGCCGCAGAUUAAGAACAGUAAAUCGGUGACCAACCUAAAACCCAGUGAUUUCAAAAGUGGCAAAUACACAAAGUACGCCGUCACCCACCAUGAGGCCACCGAUAGUGGCAACAUUCAAACGCAAGUCUUCAAGGGCAAGGUCAUUCCCUCCUCUACCGGUGGUGCGCAGGUCAUCUUUAACGAUAUUGAAACACUGCAGCAGGACUCGCCUGUUGUCACCACACCGGUGGGCAUCGUCUCGAGAAAGCGUCAGGCACUGGAGCAGAUGGUCGCCCAGUCCAAUUCUCCAUCCACCUGCUCUUCCACAAAUACUCCAACUUCGACCCGCAGUGACGCGAACGUUCCUAAGUGA